AUGCAGUUCCUGCAGAACGCAUCUGCGCUGGCCGAUAUCGGCGUGCGGGUGGAGGAAGUGCCAGUUGGGGAGAGCAGCCAGGUGACACUGUUCCAGGCGCUGCCUGGCGAGGUGGUGUUGGUCUUUGAAGAUGCCUCCUUGACUUCCACUGCCAGCUGGGCCGACAGCACCGCGCGGGUGCCAUUCCUCCAGCCUUUCGUCUACACCUCCCAGGCCCCCACCGCCUUGCUCGACAGCUGGGCUCCGCUCAGCGAGGGCAACUCCACUGCUGGCGAGCUGUCAGAGACAAUCAGUGCCUUCAUGGAAGGGGAGGAGGUGGUGCGGGUGAUCUGCGUGGGGGAGGGGCCCUCUGGCGGCCUGGCCGUGCUGUGCGGGCCCUGGGCUGCGCUGCAGUACCCAGAGGCAAACGUGGAUGUCGUCACCUUUGACACACCCUUCGUGGGGUUCAACCCGCAGUUCGCCUGGAGCUUUGAACAGCUGGUGGUGCUGCACUACAUGUGGCCCUUUGCCGUGCCCGCCACCACCGAAGCCGGCGUGCUGGCGGCGGCCCAAGCUGUCAACCUCCUCAUUACUAAGGACAUCCUGCCUGGGGCGGUGCGCCUACCCAACCUGCCCCCCUACGCGCCUGUCGGCAUCCAAGACCCCGGCAACAAGAACUUUUCUGAGGUGUAUGCGAUGCUGGGGCCCGACCCCACCCUGCCUGAGGAGUACCAGCUGCCGCCCUCGGACUGCCCAGUCAUGUUUUGCAAGACGCGCCCGCUGCUCGAGGGCUCCUGCCUCUCUUUCGACAAUGAGACGAUCCUUGGGGGCCUGCCGUACACGGUCCUGACUGAUGACAAAACAGAUGCUGAUGCCAUCGUGGCUUGGGAUAACACCACCAAAACCGCCCAUUUCCUCUGGAAGUAUACAGAGGAAUCACGGGAUUGGUUUACCGACGCCAACGGGAUCCAGCUCACAGGCGACGUGGAGGUGCAUGCGGGGUUCUACAACCAGUUUAAGAGCCUGGCAAUCUUCCCCGACAGAGAGGAGGACAGCAUCCUCAAGGCCCUGGAGUCCAUCAACGGCGCCCAGUUCCCGCGCCGCGUCACCUGCUCCGGCUUCUCGCUCGGCGCCGCCCUCAGCGAGAUGUGCGGCGUGUGGUCCUCCAUCCUCUUUCCAGGCGCUGACGUGCUGGGCGGCCCCAUCCCCGGAAACGAGGAGUUCAAGCUGGCGUUUGAAACCACUGUGGGGCGCGCCUACAAGUACGUGUACCGCAUGGAUCUGGUCCCCAGCACCGCCCCCUUCAGCUGGUACAAGCGUGACCGGCCUGAGUGGGGCAUCGGCGACCUCAGCUGGAACGACCACACAUGCGACACCUGGGUGGUGCCCGACCCCGCGCCAGGAGAGGAGGAAAUCAUCAUCGGAUAUGUGCCGCGACUUUACGAAAUCACCCGCCCCACCGUGCCCGCUUGGGUUUUUAACUACACCGCCCCCGUGGAGACGCCCAAGCCCGGCGCCACCUCAGCGGCGGCCCGGCUGGCGUGGCCGACCACGGCGCUGCUGGCCUCGGCCGCGGCGUGGCUGGCGGCGCUCUAG